AUGCUACAGACCCCAGCGACGACACCGAAAUGUCUACCGCGCAGCGUGUCAAGGAUACCUGGGAAACGACAAUCAACAUCACCGCAGAAAGUAUCACAGGCUCCCAUAUCGAAGCCGCCACCUAUGCAGUCAGCAAUAACAGCUCAAUCGCCACCAGAAGCACGAAGGUUGCCGGAGCCUUCUCGCCGCAGCUAUUUACCUGCAUCUGCUACUGACCUGCCAAAGCCACCUCAGCCAGCUACACGCAAUAUGAAAAAGCCAAGCCGAAUAGCCACGGUUAAUGAGGCUAGGACUCGUGUAUCCAACGGAGUGCUGACACCAGGCAGUGUUCACUUUCGAGCGUCUUCGACUAGCAAGUCGACUGCGACUUCAGGUAUUGCCACACCUCAAGCGCCCAAGAAGCAGGCACUCAAGGCCAGCGGCGGCGAAAGCCAUGCGCUCUCAAGCGACUCAAAGUCUCUGUUCAUGAAAGGGCAUGUUGGAGAGCAUUGCAUACAUGGAGCCCUGGUCCACAAGCUAGCUUGCGGACACAAAGUGAUAACGAUGAAAGUGGAGGACUGCGCCAGCAACUGCGUGCGCCCACUACUAAAGCACCUCCAACAACACGCGAACCACGCAUCUGAAGAAGCCUUUGUCUGUUCAGCAUGCAUCGAACAGCAUGUACAGUCGCACCGCGAAGCGAAACGCACUCUGUUCGAGCAGACGUACAAGGUCACUGAACGGAAGAUGAUCGCUUUUCCUGAUGGCUGGUUGGAAAAGCAGCGUGCGUAUUGGGAGAAGGUUUGGGAGAACGAUACCGUGAUGGAAAGGAGUGCGUUUGCGCUGCUAGGGCGGAAGUGCGCUCAUUUUGGAGAUAAUGUCGUGGGUACGAGCAUGAAGAAGGAACGGUCUUCGACUGCUGUUCCUUUUCCAGCGAAGAGGAGAUUGAAGGCGAGCAGAGGAUCGCAUGAGAAAUCUCCAGAAUCUGUUCUUGGAGACAAGAUGUGGAAGGAUGAGGCCAAUGGAAAUGAUAGUAGAAAGAGGGACAGUCUUUUGGAGUAG